AUUACUUCAAAAUUGACAAGUAAACUAAGAUGAAGAGAUCUGUAAAACACAAAAAAAUACAUUAAAACACAAUUAUUGAAUACAUUUAGGAUGUCUAAUUAAUUUUCACAGUCGUUAAGAUAUCGUAAAUAAUAUUUUUUGUAGCAAGAAAUCAUUAGCAUCCUUUGUUUCAAAAGUAAGGUUAUGUUAUGAAACCUACUUAACAAGGUGAUUCACUUCGGAUGAUAUUGAGGUUCUGACGGUUUUACGGUUAAGCAAGCAGCCGUAUAUGGGUUGAGGCAGUGAAUAAAAGUUUAUAGAAGUCGUUUUGAGGAGGUAUUUUUGUCUUCUGGAUCAGUUUGUGUAAGGAUUUUAUCAUGAGCGACCGCGAGAGACCUAGUGGAUCGGAGUCGCAAGAGGAGAAGGAAAAUACCAACAGGAUGCCUUCACAGCCUAUGCCCACAGGUUCGAGUGGUUCCAGCUACUUUGCAAGUGAUCCAAUCCAGUUCAGAGUUCGAGGGUCAACCAUCACAGGAGCGUCACCUCCAAAAUUUGUUACUCUAGAGGAAAUAAUGAAGGCUGCACAUGGAAUGCAGAAUAUGGCUUUAGCACACGAAAUUGCAGUUGAUCAGGACUUUAAGUUAGAGCCUUUUGAACCACCUGACAACAGCUAUCAGAAAUUAGUAAAAGAAACAAUGCACAAAGUAUAUUUUGAUAUAUUAAGAGAACAACUUAAUUCUGACCCUCCAGAGUACACACAGGCACUUGUAUUGCUUGAGGAUGUCAAGCAGGGUCUCUUCUCAAUAUUGCUACCUCGUCACACUCGCAUAAAGGAUAUGAUAGAGGAAGUCCUGGACGGGGCAUUCAUCAAGCAGCAGGCAGAAAACAACAGCUUAGACUUCCAAAAGUACGCUCACUUUGUGAUAGAUCUAAUGGCUAAGCUUGCAGCUCCAGUGAGAGACGAGAUGAUUCAACAUAUAACCACACUCAAUGAUACUGUGGACAUUUUCCGCGCGAUCCUGGAGACGCUUGAAGUGCUAAAACUGGACCUGGCCAACACGCUGAUAGGGAUGAUGCGGCCACUCGUGCAGCAGGAGAGUGUGGCUUAUGAGAGGACCAAGUUUGAUGAGGUGCUGAAGGUUUCUGAAGAUGGAUUAAAAUAUACAAGAGAAUGGCUGCAAAGGCAUAUAGAUAAGACAGACUUAACUCUACCAGUCACUGAUCCGAAUAUAAUUAGGAAUGUAACAGCGCAAACGCUAGCCAAAGCGUAUUUAGAACUACUUGAGUGGGACAACUCCAAGAAUUAUCCUGAAACAAUAGCAUUAGACAAGCCCCGUUUCACGGAACUGGGCACGCAGAUAUAUCGGCUGAUAUGUGUGACGUCACUGGUCCUACUGAGCCCGUCCUGCGGCGCUGACCAGCAAGGACAGCAUAAACAGCAGCUCAAAGAGAAGCUGUUCAUCAUACUGGACAACACGAGCAACGACAUAGAACUAAGAGCCAUUCUUCCUUCAGUUGCCGAAGAAGUGAUUCUUGUGACGGAACAGCAUUUGGAAACCCUCAACCAGGAUCCGCUGACAAGUGACACUAAAGAGCUGAUAAGGACACAGAUCAUAUCACUGAGGGAUCAAGACCAUAGAGUCAGAAUGAUUGUCCGUCAAAGGGUCCUGGAGUUCCUCAAGAUAAUUCUGGUCUGCGCGGGAGGCUCUCGCCAGGUGCCCGUAGGACUGUCCGCAUUUACCAAGGAGCUAACCUCUGUGUCUGGCACCCUACUGCGUUACGUCAUGCACAAUAAAGCUGUAUUCACUAAACACUAUCUCGAUAUCAUAGAGGAAGAAUUAAGCAAGAGUUAGAAUUUUCUCGUCGACGGAAGUGUCACAGAUUGGAAGAAAAACCAUAAUUAUGUUAUAAAUGCAAAGGUUAUUUUGUAUGUUUGUAUGUAACCCAUGUUUAGCUGAACUAUUGCACCGAUUUUGAUGAUAUUUGGCACAAGUAUAGCUGAUAUUUUGGAGAUGGACAUAGGAUAACAUCCUGAGAAGACCAACGGUUCCCGGGGAAUUUUUAAAAAACCGAUGCAAAGGCGUACGGACUGCUAUGCUAAUUUAUGUGUUUUUUAUUUAUUUUAUAUUAGCACAUGGCUCACAUGAUGGUAAGUGGGAAACGAUCGCCUAUGAAGAGAGCAACACUUCGCAGUGUAUGCAAGGAACACGGCCUAAACCAACCGCGCUGUGCCCAUCUACCUGAGGCGUAGGCAUUACGCCCGAUACACCGGCAUUCAAGUCCUUCAGACGGGAACACAGCAUUGCAAUGCUGCUUAAAUGCAAAAAUAAGCAGGUAGUACUUCUCCGGACAAGCUCUGUCACAAAAAGCCCUACCACUCUAACAAGAUUGGAGCGGUGGUUAAGCGGAAUAUGGAAACAAACAAAUAGAUAAACGAACUGACACUUACGCAUUCAUAAUAAUUAUUAUUAUCCAUUUAUAUAUGGUGCACUAUCAAGUUAACAAACGUAACUUUGAUAGUUGCGUUCAUAUGCUAAAUUGUAUGGGACUGUUAAAUCAUGACAUUUGAUCCAAUCCAUGGCCUGAUUUUUUGAUGACCAGAUUUAUUCUAACCCUUUGGUCUUUAUACGAAUGCAAUAACCCACUCUACCUAGUCUCUUACCACUAAGGUUGGUGGAUAUAAAACGAAUUAAAGCGUCCUAAUAAAUACUGUGCCCCAACUC